AUGGCUUCGCCGGGGCUCGCCGCCGGCGACGGCAUCUACGACUUCCACCUCCGCUCGCUCUCCGCGGCCUCACGGGACUCCGCUGCGGCCGCCGACCCCGCCUCCGACCCCAACCUCCUCCAAUCUGUAACCGCAUCUCCCUUCGAUCCCUUGUCCCCUAUGUCCGGUUUCUUGGAUGUGAGAAGGGUGUGCGAGAUGUGCCGGACGGCGAAGGAGGCGAAGGACGAGAUGGUGGCGCGGGCGUUCCCGGUGAUGGGCAAGCUAUUUCAGCGAUGCGCCACCGCUCCGACGCAGGCCGUGGCCUCCACCGGCGUGCUGCUUCUAUGUUCUGUAUUUUUUCGUACCAGACCAUCCUGCAAAUUCUUCCUGGAUUUUGGGGAGGCGGUCUUGCACGAUGCUGAUGGUAGCUUGAAAACCUUCUUCCGCUCUUGCUUAAGCAGGGAGUUUGCAGAUCCUAUUGUUGCAGAGCGCACGGUUGAAUUCCUUGUAACAAACAAGACAAAGAUCCUUAGCUCCUUUCCCAAUUUGAUUCCACAGUUUUAUCCAUUGUUGUUAAAGCUUAUUGCAUCAAAUGGUGAGAGACUGGAGAAUAAGUUUGCGGAAGUACUUCCGUUAAUGAUGUCAGCAGGAUCUUUUCUUCCUCUGUUCCUAUUCCUUAUGGAUUUGCCAAUGUUGGUGGUGGCACUGGAAAAGGUGGAAAGAAGUUCUGGAACUCUUAUUGGCAGUAGUAUAGCUACAAUCCAGAAGAGCGCUGCUCCUGAGAUGCUUCUUGCACUGAUGGACGAGGCUGUCAUGUUCAAACAAGUCUACACUAGGCGCCAUAGGGCCCGAGAUGUGCGCAGGGCCCAGAACGCUCUUGCAUUGCUGCGCUGCCAACACCACCAGGGCGCCCUCUAG